AAAUCAGUCACGCUGCGAGAAGGAUCUCUUCCCCUACUAUGAGGGAACGCUCGCAGUCAUGUUUUAUCGCGGUUUACUAGUUUCUCGAAGAAAUAUAUGCUGUACUGUAAUUAAUAAUGCUAAGAAAGCUGCAAAAAAGGCACCAGAACCUACUUCAACACCCAAGAUGCCAGGAGUAGUCCGUGACACACAAUUGCUUCAAAAAUAUUGUUGCGGGCUCGGGUUCAAAGUUGAUGAAGAAGAUCCAGAAUUGAAACCAGACAGUGAAUAUCCAGAAUGGUUGUGGAGUAUUCACACGGGGCCUCCAAAGACUUAUAAGGACUAUGAUCCGAACACACGAGAGUAUUGGUAUGCCUUGGAAGAGGCACAAAAAGAACAUUCAGAAAAAAUAAAAGGAGAAAAAUCAUUUUAUCGUCCACCUCGUGAUACUGAACUUAAUUUUAGAAGCAGGCUUCCUAAAAAGAAAUUUGUGACGAAAUGAUAUCAAAAUUAUGUUGUCUUUGUCAAUUCGUUCGACACAAAUUGGAGAGGUG